AUGCGCCCAAGAACCUCAGAAACAGCCGGCUCUCAGCCUUCCCAAGCACAGGCUACACCCGCUCACUCGAACCAUCACCACAGUGUGACCUUCGCUCCGCCAGUCGAUGGUCCCUAUGACCAAGAUUCCCAUCACCAGCCUGCUCGCGAGACAAGCCAACACAAUUACCCCCAAGAGCCACCAACGCAUGGCCAAAACUUUGCCCAAGCUUCGUACGCUGCUUCGACAUCUCACUUCGUCAACCACUUCCCCGUCGCUCCGUCGUCCCUCUACGAUGCCGCCAACUCCUUCUCAUACAACCAGCACCCUUACGAUCCUGAAUACAUAGACUACGAUGAUGACGAAGAUGACGUUGACGAGGAGGACGAUGAAGACAUGGAUAUGAGCGACAGCGACGGCGGUGCUCCUCUGGGUCACACAACGAUUGUGCCCGUAACCAGCACCCUUUCGCCCGUGCCGGGAACUGGCGCGAUGCUGAACUCCGAACAGUAUCCUGGCCCCCCGCAUGCCCACAACACGAUCCAUGGACAACUGCCCGCCGAACCUCCUUCCCAUAUGACGUCCUACUGGGUUCAUUCUGGCCCUGUGUUCGAUCCAUCAGGGCCUAUCCAUCCUACCCCGCUUAACACCAUCCCUUUUCACCCAAUGUUGAGCGCUGGAGGCAUGGACGAGGAUGAUGACGAUACAUGGCAGUCAACAUACCCCGCCAUCUCUGGCGUUUCUGGGGCACUUCAACAGCAUGUUGUCACGGGUGUCGACGAGGAGGAAGAGGCCAUAUGGCAAGAGGAUGGCCCCCCAGCCGCCAGCAACGCAAAUCCAAGCACUCUUGGCCCCGAGAACCUCUGCCUCCGGGAUUUCUUGAGAGACUGGGCUUGGCGCAACCGCAAUGGUCCUAGGCCCAGUAUCAGGUCAAUCAGCGCGCAAUCCGCACAGAAGGUUGCCCGAGUGCGGUUUUCGGACCUGGAAGGUGACAGGUGCGACCUGCAAGGAAUCGACUGGGAAGACCUUGGGGUCCUUCGCUCGGAGGCCCGCGUUCGUAGGAAGUUGGACUACAAGAACUAUACUAACCGGGCAGGCUCAGACAAAGUGGAGUUGGACUACCCAGACCGAGAACUCUAUAGCACUGAGAACUUCUUCAGGUUCCGCCGUAUGGAUGUCCGGCAGAACGUCCACCUGGCCCAUUUCCAGUUGCGAAACAUCCUGGCAUGUGCGGGUAGAAGCCGUAUUUUCUAUCCAGGCCAGCGAGCUGUACACCAGCUCAACCCCGUCACCGGCCAGAGUGAGGUAGCUAUGGACCUCAGCGACUUGGGCAAUGUUCAAAUCUCUACCUUGGACGCCAACUGCGGAGUUCUGAUUGCCGGUACCUUCAACGGCGAAUACUGCAUGCGCAAUGUCCACAGCCAGGACAAGAAGUACACGGAGGGCCAAAUAACUAACCACAUUAGCGGAAUCACCAACCACCUACAGAUCCAUGAGUCGCGAAACUCGACGCCGAUGGCUGCUUUUGCAAGCAACGAUCAAGGGUUCCGCGUGAUGGAUGUGGCGACCGAGAGGUUUGUUUUGGAGACACAAUACGGGUGUCCCAUCAACUGCUCCGCUCUCUCGGCUGACCGUCGCCUUCGCGUGAUGGUUGGUGACAACUACAACGUUAUGAUUGCCAAUGCGGCCACUGGCGAGAUCCUGCAAGAGCUGGGCGGACAUCGCGACUUUGGAUUCGCGUGCGACUGGUCAGACAAUGGCUACACUGUUGCAACGGGCUUUCAGGACAUGACUGUCAAGAUUUGGGAUGCUCGAAAAUGGACCAAGCCCAAUGGCGAUGGGUAUCCGCUGGAGACAAUACGUUCGGAAAUGGCCGGAGUGCGCAGCCUGCGCUUCUCGCCCACGGGCAGCGGCCCAAGUGUUCUAGUUGCGGCGGAGGAGGCCGACUGGAUCAACAUCAUCAACGCACAAACCCUGAAGCAAAAGCAGUCGUUCGACAUCUUUGGAGAGAUUGGAGGCGUGGAGUUCGCAAAUGAUGGCCAAGACCUCAAUGUUCUCUGCAUGGAUCGAACACGGGGUGGACUGCUUCAGCUGGAGCGCUGUGAUCUGGGUGCUUGGGGAGGGUUCGAAUCGGUGGACGAACCACAGGAAAUCGACGUGCGAACUCCUGACCUCGGCGUGUCCUAUCCCGAAAGGACCUAUCCUCGCAGCUACCCUGCUAAAGCGGCAAGAAAACUGUCCGUGUUCGACGAUUUGGAGCCAUUCUGA